UUGAAUAUCCGAACCCUCCUUACAACCUCAAAAAAGUCGAAUUCACUUCAAAUCUCUCUCGACUGCGCAAUCUUUCGACUUCUCUGAUGGCUUUGACCCGCGAACAAUACCUUUACAUGGCUAAGCUAGCCGAGCAAGCCGAGCGCUACGAGGAGAUGGUCCAGUUCAUGGACAAGCUGGUGGUCACCUCCGCCGCCGGAACGGAACUCACGGUGGAGGAGCGCAACCUCCUCUCUGUGGCUUACAAGAACGUCAUCGGCUCUCUCCGCGCCGCCUGGCGCAUAGUCUCGUCGAUUGAACAGAAAGAGGAAAGCCGCAAGAACGACGACCACGUUGCGCUCGUUAAAGAUUACAGAUCUAAGGUCGAGGGCGAGCUUUCUGAGAUUUGCGCCGGGAUUUUGAAAAUUCUGAAUGAUUAUUUGAUUCCCGCCGCUGUUUCUAAUGAGUCCAAGGUUUUUUACCUCAAAAUGAAGGGGGAUUAUUACAGGUACUUAGCGGAGUUUAAGGUUGGGGAUGAGCGUAAGCAGGCUGCUGAGGAUACUAUGGUCGCUUACAAAGCCGCUCAGGAAAUUGCACUUGCGGAUCUUUCUCCUACGCAUCCUAUACGGUUGGGUUUGGCGUUGAACUUCUCUGUUUUCUACUACGAAAUUCUGAAUUCAUCAGAGAAGGCUUGCAACAUGGCCAAACAGGCUUUUGAGGAAGCUAUUGCUGAGCUGGACACUUUGGGCGAGGAAUCGUACAAGGACAGCACUCUUAUCAUGCAACUUUUGAGGGACAAUCUCACUCUUUGGACCUCAGAUAUGCAGGAUCCCACAGAUGAUGCUUGAGGUGAUGGCUAAAUCUGCUCCUGAAUUAAGGAGGUGGGCUUUUAAUGUCACAAUUUGUCUUAUAAUUUGCAUAUAACAACAAAUCAUGGGUUUGGGAACUUGUGUUUAUACAACCUUUUAUAUAAAUUUUAUGAAUUUCAUUGUUCGGAAUGCUUCUUGGAAUGUGGAAAAUUUGUUUGGAAGAAUGAGGUAUAAGCCUACAUCGUUGCAAGAGGAGAAUGAAACAAAUCCAACGUGAAGAUGUUUGAUCGUA